GCAGUAGGCUGGUAUUUGCAUAAAACGAAAUGUCAACCGAAGAUUCCUUACUGGAUGGUGAUUAUUGGCUGGCCCGUCGCUCUGGGGGUCGUUGCCAGCCUCAUCUUCAGCAUGGUGGACGGCUACUUCGAGGUGUGGCCCACGGCAUUCUACAUCAGCAUUGGGCAUACAGCGUGGGGCGCAGCGGUGGCGUGGGUGGCGAUAUCUUGCUGCAGCGGGUACGGCGGACUGAUUAACUCGGCGCUAUCGUACCGCGGCCUGCUGCCGCUGAGCAGGCUCACCUACUGCGCCUACCUGAUCCACCCCACCAUCAUGAUGUACUCUUCUUUCCUUCUCGAUGGCCCUUACCACAUGGAAAACUCUUCUGUCGUAAGUCUCUAACUAGAUUGAUUUUAUCCAG